GGGCAGUGGUGGGUUUACACGAAUCCCAAAUCGGCUCUGUUUUAAGAGCAAUGAAGAAAACGCACGCGCAGCUUGUUGUUGGGCAGCGUAGUUUGUUUACAUCACUGGUGUCAGCUGGGAUGGUUCUUCUGACCCUUGCUCAUCGCCUCCACCAGCAUCACCACCUCCUCUUAAUUUCCUCCCUUCCCCUCUUUAUCCAGUUCCCCCCUCCUCUCCCCCGUCAUCCAUAACUCAUCAUCAUCAUCCACAAGACCAAGAAAAACUGGGUUUAGCUGGAGCAAUGGUGGAUGUCAGUAAGUGGCCUCUGUUGUCAGUGCUGAGUGCUCAGGAACAAGCUGCAGUCCGACAGGUUUACAUCUUUGGAACAUCAGCGAAUGAAGCCAUCUACAUCACGCAUGCAAAUGAGGUAUUUGCAUUUGGGUUGAACUGCAGUGGCUGCCUUGGGACAGGAGACAGUGUGAGCACCAUUGUACCAAAAAAACUGGAUUUUCUGCAAGGAAAGAAGGUGGUCAGUCUGAGCUACGGCAGUGGACCCCACGUCCUGUUGGCUACCGAAGAUGGCCAGUUGUUCGCUUGGGGGCACAACGUUUACAGCCAGCUGGGGAACAACACGACCAGCGCAGGCCUGUCGCCGGCGCUGAUCACCAACAACCUGCAGAGUAAGAAAGUGACCGAGGUGGCGUGUGGCUCGCAUCAUUCUCUGGCCCUCACUCAGGAUGGAGAGGUGUUUGCGUGGGGUUAUAAUAACUGUGGCCAGGUGGGUUCUGGCUCCACAACCAACCAGCCGUACCCCAGGAAGGUCACUGGCUGCCUCCAGGGGAAGGCUGCAGUGGGAAUCACGUGUGGACAGACGUCCUCCUUGGCUUUAAUCGACAACGGAGAGGUUUAUGGAUGGGGCUACAACGGGAACGGGCAGCUGGGUAUUGGGAAUAAUGGAAACCAGCUGUGUCCUUGCCGCCUGGCUACACUCCAGGGGGUGUGCAUUCAACAGGUUGUUGCAGGCUACGCUCACUGCCUGGCGCUAACAGACGAAGGGCUGCUGUACGCCUGGGGAGCAAACACUUACGGCCAGCUGGGAACUAGAAACAAGAGCAACCACCUCAGUCCUGUUCAAAUCAUGGUCGACAAAGAGAGGGUUGUAGAAGUUGCUGCCUGCCACUCUACACACACCUCAGCAGCUAAGACUCAAAGCGGCAAGGUGUUUAUGUGGGGUCAGUGUCGAGGACAGUCCAUGGUCCUGCCCCACCUGACGCACUUCACCGCCACCGACGAUGUUUUCGCCUGCUUUGCCACUCCCUCUGUGAUGUGGCGCCUCUUGUCCGUGGAGCACGAUGACUUCAUGACGGCUUCAGAGGCUCUCAGGAAGGAGUUUGACAGUCCAGAAACGUCCGACCUAAAGUUCAGCGUCGAUGGCAAAUGCAUCCAUGUUCAUAAAGCAGUGCUGAAGAUCAGAUGUGAGCACUUCCGCUCAAUGUUUCGCUCCCAGUGGUCGGAGGGUCAGCAGGACGUGAUAGAGAUCGGACAGUUCUCCUACCCCGUCUACAGAUCCUUCCUACAGUUCCUCUACACCGACACCGUGGAGCUGCCGCCCGAGGACGCCAUCGGCUUGCUGGAUCUGGCCACGUCUUAUUGUGAGAAUCAGCUGAAGCGUCUGUGUCAGCAGAUCAUCAAGAGAGGGAUCACUGUGGACAACGCCUUCACGCUGCUGUCUGCAGCCAUACGAUACGAUGCAGAGGACCUUGAAGAGUUCUGCUUCAGGUUUUGCGUGAACCAUCUGACUCAGGUGACUCAGACCACAGCCUUCUGGCAGGUAGACGGAGGUAUGCUCAAAGAGUUCAUCAGCAGAGCCAGCCGCUGCGGCGCCUUUAAGAACUAAGUGUUGCUUUUGCUGCAUCACCCUUUAAAACAGAAAAACAACACGGCACCACAGCUCUGGAAACUGAAAUGUCUUAGGCAUUUACCAAACAUGUUGCACAUGAUACUUAACUGUAAUUUACGCUGCAGCUUCUGUGCAUUUGAAUUCAGCACUUUGGCCGUUUCCUGUGGAGUCAUUCUGGGAACUCCCGGCACUUUGUUGUUAAGGUUUAUUUUUUUGUUCUUGGCCAGUUUAGUUACAUUCCUGUUUUUCUUAACUGCACAGGUGGGAAACCAAAAAGCUGGACGGACAGCCGUUUUUGUUAAAAGCUGUUAAACUGAGCGUAACUCUUGAAAGUUUUGAGUUUAUGAAGGGAAUCUGUUCCACAUGCUGGCCACUAGUGUUUUAUGUACCCACUGAGGUAUACUUUUAUUGUGAAAUUCUUAUCUUUGGGUGUGUUUUCUCUGGCCGGAUUUUGUUCUGUGAUUCUGGUUUGUAAUCGUAAACAGACAUAAGGUAAUUUAAAGGAUGUUACUCUAAAAUCUUUUAGGCUCUUUUACGUUCUUACCAGCUUUUUCUGCCUGUUUAAAUGCUGCAAAAUGAGGAAUGUGGUUUGUUCCGAUAUCUUUCAUUUUCCGAUUUAAACAAAAAAAAACUGCACUAAAAAGCAACACAUUAGCAAUAAGAUCUGUUUGGAUAUUUUAGUUGAAAAUGCUUUUUCUUUGACUCCAGUUACCAAAGACAUGUUGUAAACCUUAACUUUUGUUUUCUUCUGAUCGACUAGGUGUGGUUGUGAUUUAUUUUUUUUAUUAGUGAACACACUGGGAUGCAGUCUCACUCUCGGUUUCUUUUUCCCGAUGCUCUUUGAAUCUGGAAAUUAGAGAACAUUCUUGUUACAUUUUGAAGCGAGUUACUGAGCAGUGAAUUGUAGGUUUACAGUUUUGUUUGAAUGUUGAUGGUCAAGAAGGAAAUAUGUUUUAUUGAAUUCUUUUUUUUUUUUUUUUUUACUUUUUUCAAAUCUGUAUACUUAUUUUUACAUCACAACAUUGACGUUUUAAAUUUUGAAUUGCUGCUCUUGUCUUUUUAUAUUUAGAUUUGAUGUUCUGUGCUGGAAUAAAAAACUUAUUAAACUUUUUUGAUGACGAUGUUAAA